AAACUCGUCACCAUUUAAUAAAUACGCACUAGUAUGAAGUCAUUGUGCGCAUGUACAUAUUAGGAAUCUAUUUCAACUUGUAUAUGCUCUAAUAGUCGACAGCUGCUAAAUAUUUUUCUUUUCUAGUUUUCGCUGUGUAGUAAAAGGAAAUCACACGUUAUUUCGCGAGUACAACUUUAUCCAUGCCACUCCUCAUAACCGAGCUUCAUUUAUUGCCAUGUUUUGGAAAUGCUUCAAACACAUUGGAAAAAGUGGAGGUAGAUACUUUGUUUAAUAUUAAUUAUCUGACCUGGAAACUUAUCCACCAUUUCUUUCCAAGCCAUUUUUAACCUAACAUUUGCAAUGCAUCCAUUUGUCCCUCCCAAACCUAUAUGCUUUGUUUGUUUCUUUUUCAUUCAAUUUUCUGUCCAUCCUUUUCUCAUUCUAUAUCCCAAACUUUUCUGGUAACUUAAUCAUUUUCUGGGACCAAAUGGUCUUUUUCCAGCCCUGGUUAUCAUACUCUUACAAGUCUCACAAUCGGACCAAUCACGAUCUUCAAUAGAGUCACAUGAUCGGUCAAUCACAAUUCUGUGGCAAUUCUUGCCCAACCAUCUCUGCAUGCAUGCAUCCAUACGAGAGUGCCGAUUACGUAACGUCGUAUUCUAAAUUACAGCCGUGUUGGAAAACCCGAGAGAACACAGAAAUUUAUUUGAUGGAUUUAAUAUUGACUCCAUUUUGUGAUUUUCCAUUAAAAUGUUGUUUAUUGGAGUUUUUGAGAAUGCGCUUAAAUCGCUACUUCCCGAAUAUAUGUCUUGACGUGUGACGCGUUAUCCGAGAGAAUUCUUAGAGAUUUUACUUAGGACAAUAUAUACAGUACGCAUAUGUGUUGUACGUACAGUAUGUCACACUCCACCGUUUCAAUUUGUUUACAAGUUAAAUUAGGCAGCGCUCAUGUAAACCCAAUAUGUUUCAUAUGGAGCAAAGAAAUUUAAACGAAAAACAUUCGAAUUUACACUUUUGAGACCUGAGAUGCCUGAUUUGCAAGCGAUGCAAAAAAGUAACGGCGUUUGUGUUCACACGAAGCCGCCAAGUGCUCCGUUCUCAUCUCGUUCCGUUUAGAAACGGUGCCCAAAUUGCUACCGUAAAUAAUCACCCUUUGAUUUUUUUAGAUCUUUUAAGUGUAAAGGAAUAUCAUUCAUUACUCUCGUUGAUAUGUUCAGACUUUCCACACGAGAUUGUCCAGAAAUCUGCAAGGUAUAAAUGUUGACGACCUCUAGUGUACUUACCAUGCACUUAAUUUAGUGUAAUUUCUAUUAGUUGAAUUAGGCGGGUUUAGUUUGAAUAUAAUAAUGUUGAAUCUCAAACUCAUUAAUAAUUCAUGAGUAAAUUAGCCAACCGUAUUGCUUUAUUUUGCCCACAUGAUAACACUGAAUACCUGUUGAAGUAUAUAGAUCCUGUCCUAGGACUGGAUCAAAAUUAACUGAAUCCUUGGACUGGAUCAAAAUUAAUUAAGUCGUGAUUUAUUCGUAUGAGAUGUCAUUUCAAAUCCUCCUAUUCGGACUGGACUAGAUUUCAAGUUCUCGCAUUUUGAUCUAGUCCUUGGCUUCGCCCUCGUCCAAUCCUCAUAGUCGGAUUUGAAGUAUUGCUUUAAGUACUGCAAUACUACUUUAUUUGUGACUUUAUAGAAUUGUUUUAAUGGAAGAUGCUAUGGACUGCCUAAUGUCUUUCAAUGAUUUUCUGUCUGCUUUUCAAAUGCAGUUAUAUUACGAAGGUAAGUAAGUAAGAUUAAUGUUGGUUUUGGCGUAUUUUAUUUCACAAAGGUUAAACCUAUUAACCAAUUGAUAAGCUUUCAACGUUGAAUUACGGUGGGAGGGGCAAGUUGAAAUUGCUGCUUUUUGCAAGGAUUUGAUUCGGUAAGGCAGGUGCAGUACUUUUUAUGCCCACACUGUCCACAAUGAUUUUUGCAAGGACCAGUAGGUUGCACUCAGAUAGAAACAUGCGUGACUCUGUUGUGACUGCAUGAUAACAUGUACAUUCACAAUUAUUCAAACAACCUCGUUCCCAGGCUCUUCCCUUGUUAUUCAAAAUAGCAGAUAGCUCACUCUCAUGCGGAUUAAUAUAUUUCAUUUGAUAAAUUAUUUAAGAAUUUAACAUGAUAUGAGAAAUAAGUUUAAAACGUGGUAUUAUUUCUACAUAUUACCCAAACUUUUUCCUUUUUUUCACACUACAGUUAAUGUUUAGCUUAAAUUAUUUUAGAGUUUUUAGCGAAAUGCAACGAGAUUUACGACGAAAUUGCAAGUGGUUCACAUAGAUCUGCACAAGUAGUGGUCGUUCCCACAUCUGACUCUAAGUCCAAACGUCAUAAGAAUACGGAGAAAGUUUCGCAGCUGGAAUCAAGCAACAGCUUAGAUGGAGUUGAUUCAAUGUCGUUUUAUGAUGAAAUUCUGCACCAUGUUGUACAUCACAGCUCUACAGCAAAGACAAUAAGGUAUAUUGAUAUUCUGGAUUCAAUCCUUUACUGAUUAUGUAUAUAUUAACCGUUAAUUCAAAAUCAAUAUCAUCAAAUAAGAAACUGUCUUUGCUAAAAAUUAAAGUGCUAACCAGUCACGAUCCAACUGGUGACCGUAUAAAUGCUCCAUUGUGUUUUUAUUCUGCCCAAUCAAUGACAUUUAUUGUUUUGAUUUAUUUUAAUUGGCAUUUAUGCAAAGGAAAGUUCAUUCCUGACCGAAUUGUUCAAUUCCAUUUAUAUUACAUAGUGCAUUUUGGCCUGCAUUAUCUUAAAGUGAGAAUAUGUACUGUAUAGCACCAAAUAUUAAUAACGCCACCUGCAUCGUUUAGUGUAAUAAAAUUUCAAUCUUUAGACUGACGCCUUGGAUGAAUAUUAUUCAAAAAUACAAUUGAGCAAUACGCCGUAUUUCUACCCCAUGUGAUAUUGCGAUGCGGUAAAUCACAUGACAAUAUUUUUUUAUCGAAAGCUGGUAUAAUCAUUCAAUUAUAUUAACUGGGGUCUUUAAAAUCUUCGGUGUCUUUUUAUUGGAAAACAAUGCCUUUGAUAAAGAUAGCUAGUUGGGUCAGACAGAAUCGAGAGACAUAAAUGUGUUUUGAAUUAACAGAGGUAGAAAAAGAAAAUAACUCAACACAGAGUAUGAUAUGUUUUCCUUUAUACAGUAUACCUCCUUCAGAAUCUUUGAAGCAAAUCCUCUCAUCUGCCAACCGUGUAACAUUUUAUGGCUUUCUCAUGGCAUUGGCAAAGAACGAUCUAAUUUAUCAAAGUAUAGGUAUGUUUACAUCUUCUCAGAAGUAUGAAUUGAAAAUAACCGCAUUUAAGUUAUAUUAUUAAGAGCGAGGCGAUUUUGUUCGCGUAUUUCCAAUGAAAAGUUUUCAGAUUUUUUUCCGAACUGUUGAAAAUUUCAGAUUUUUUCCCCGCCUUGAAUUUGUCAAAAAUUUCAAAUUGUUUUGCCCACCCCGGACCUGUCAAAAAUUUCUCUUUUUUACCCAACCCGGAUCUGUCAAAAAUUUCAGAUUUUUUGCCCACUUAGAACCUGUCAAACAUUUCAGAUGUUUUGCCCACCACGAAACUGUCAAAUGUUUUGCCCACCCCUGACCUGUUCACCCCACAACUAUUGAUAGUUUCGGAUAUUUUUGCCCACCCCGCACCUGUCGAAAAAAACAGAUUUUGUUGCCCACCCCGUAACAAAUGGUUUCUUUUCGAAUUUGGAAUAGCAAACAAUUGAGGUUUUUGUCAAACACUUCAAAUUGAAAAACUCACUUGUUCAUUGAUUUUUUUACAAAUUGCUCCUUGAAACAUGCCUAUACAAAUUGCGUCACACUGUCAUUGAUAUUGUGAAUGUUCUUAGGUGCAGUACCACAUAAAAGUCGACUAGCGGAUGAAGAUGCAUCAGAACGCUGUAAGUGAAAAAUUAUACAUGAGCUAAUUCAAAAAAGGUUGUCUUUUGCGAACCUUAAACUCUAAACCUUAAACCUUGAUCUCUAAGCGCGCAAAGCAUAAUGGGAGCAACUUAAUCAGUUUAGAAAUCACAUAUGGGGCCCAUUUCUUUGUGAUAUGGAGUUUAAGGUUUGCAAAGGAGAACCUUUUCUGAAUUGGCUGUAUACAUAAAAUGUCUAAAUGUUCUCUCCCGAAGGCCAGUAAAGCCCCUUUCCGAACAAAUAAGAAACAAAUGAAUUUUUUUCUCUUCUGAAAAUCAACAAAGAUUAGAUAGAGUUACGUCAUAUUAACUUCUAUCCAUGACACGGUUCGAUGUUGCAAAAACAAAUCACGAAUUGGCAAUUACUUUCAAUUUACUACUUUGCUAAGUAACAGUUAAGGUAAACUUUUGAGUCAAACAAGAUGGCACCAAUAAGGCGUGCGUAGUCACACAUUAGGGAGGUUAAUGCAAACGACGUUUUUAUUAACACGGUUGUCAGAUUAACGAGAGCGCUAUUAUGAGCGCUAUGAUGCAAAAUGCAGCCAAAAUUAGUUAUACCAAAAAUAAUAAAGUUUUUAAAAUUAAUAAUUAGGCUGUUGCGGUAUUUGAAAAAAAAAACGAAAACCGAUACCGGAAAAAUAUCGAUAUUUGCCUAAUUUUAUGCAAAAUUUGCUUAUUUUUCUCUUUCUGAAAUAAAUCCAAUCAGCGCUUGAAAAAGCUUGUUAUGACGUUUAUAAAUAUACAAACGCGUAAACGUGAUAUCGAUAAUACCGAAAAUAUCGAUAUUCCGAUAUAUUAUAUAGAGAUAGUGAGAUACUGAAAAAUACACAGUGAGAUAUUUUCCAUAUCUUCACUAGUGAAGAUAUCGAUCACGUGACUUGUAGUCUUUAUACAAUUUUUUUUUGCUUGGGACUAUAUAAUAAACAGAACAUUACACGGUGUCUUGAAGAUAUGAUUUUUAUCUUCUCGUGUUAAAAAAUAUAUUUUACUCUCUCACUGCGCUCGUUCGUAAUAAAAAUAUUGUUUUCACCACUCGAAGAUAAAAAGUUAUAUCUUCGCGCCGCCGUGUAAUAUCCUCUAUAUAUCGAAAAUUUCAAGAUCGAUAAUCGGUAUUUAUAAAAAACCGAUAAUUAUCGGUAUAUCGAUAUACCGCAACAGCCUAUUAAUAAUAGUGAUUAGUAUAAUUACAUUAGGUGAUUAAUGAAAAUUCUUCACACUGAUUGGUUGCCGUUGAGGUGAUUAUAACGCGAUAAUCACCUAAGCGAUUUUUGAAAUGGCAGCCAAAGCCGUUUUGUCAAUUAAAUGUUAAAGAAAUGAAUAUUUUCCCGCCAAAUAAUCACCUACGAAAUUAUACUAAAACAAUUAUUCACCUCAGGCUUGGUGAUUGUCGUGAAUAAAAACCUCGAGUUUGUCUAGGUUUUCAUUCACCGAUAAUCACCUCGCCUUCGGCGAAUGAUUGUUAAUUGUUAGUAUGGUUACAUAGGUGAUUAUUGAAAAUUCUCUUCGCUAAUUGGUUGCCGUCGAGGUGAUUAUAACGCGAUAAUCACCUAAUCGAUUUUCGAAAAGGCGGUCUAAGCCGUUUUGUCAAUUAAAUGACGAGGAAAUGUGUGUUUUGGGGGCGUUUUUCCCAAAUAAUCACCUAUGAAAUUAUACUAAAACAAUUAUUCACCUCAGGCUCGGUGAUUAUCGUCAACAAAAACCUCGACUUCGUCUCGAUUUUUAUUCACCGAUAAUCACCUCGUCUUAAUUAUUUAAUACCAAGUUUCGGGUGGACGUACGUGUUGACAAGACGGCGCUUGCUUAACGCACUAUUAAGCCAAGUAAAAAAAUUAGUAGUUUCUCGUCCGAAUUUUUUUUAAAAAAAGGAGAAUGCGAGCGCUUUUGUUAAACCUUCAAAUAUUGCUCUUAAAGUUUACCAAAUAACCUAUAAACACACGCAAAUAUUGAAGUUUACUCAUAAAACGUAAAUAUAUUAAAAUAAACAAACAGCCGUGUACUAAUGCAAUAUAUGGCGCCAAAAUAACAAUAUGGCGCGAACAGCGGGCGCAAAUACCGAACAGCAAACCAACUUGGUCCUUGGACCAAGUCCUGACGAAUAUGCGAGACAUGUGCAAUCCGACGCUCCAUCUGCCACCAUGCACUUGGGCAUUCUGAUCACCAAUGCCUUCUCCUUGUACCAAAACAGAAAGAGAAACUGACUACCAGCCUACCCCAGACAUUUAAGACUAUUGACGCCUGGAAACUUAGCUGUUCUAAGUAGAAAAGUUAUACUUGAAGACUGGUCUGAUGUAUAUACGUCGCGGAAGAGAUAGAUGAGAAAGUAAAAGUUUUACUUCAACUAUACUCACAAUUAUGGAUGAAACUAUUCCAGAAAGAACAGUCCGAAUGCACCCCUCGGAUAAACCAUGGAUGACAAGCUUCAUCAAAACAAAGAUUAAAGCUAGACAGCGUGCUUUCUCUCGUACUGAUCAUGUGCGAUAUGAACAAUUAUGCGUUACCAUCUCAAGACUUAUAUCCGAGGCUAAAACGUCCUAUUACAGAUCAAAAGCAAAAGAUCUUCGCACAACAAAUUCAGCUAAAUGGUUUAAGUCCAUCUUCUCGCUUCUAGGAAUUAAGAACGGAAAUAACCCAUUGGGAAAAACGUCCGAUGAUAAUAUAUUAGGACUGGCUGAAAAAUUACAACAGGCUUUUAUAAAACCCUGGGAAAAUCUACCACCCAAUAACGAAUUAGAUAUUAACCUGAUGGAUCAAUUACUCAGGAACACUACAGUCUACACCUCCGUAGCCAUCUAUUGGACAAGUCAAGAACUGUCUAAAACAUCUAAACCCCAGGAAAGCGACCGGAGUAGACAAAAUUCCUGCCUGGAUACUCAAGCGUUUUAGUGAUGAUCUCGCUCCAGUCGUCCACAAUACUGUUACAGCCAGUGUAAAACAAUUAUGAACUUAGACAAAAUCAUUCUUGCACAGUUUUAUCUAGAACCGAGAGACAUAGGCAAUCUUUUGUUGCAAGAUCUAGUAAAUAUAUAUAAAGCUACGUUUACACGCUGCGAUUUGUCGGGCCGAUUUUGGUAAAUAAUCGAUGCCCCUUCUUCGACAUUUAGCGAUUUAAACGUUCAAUUGAAGCUGUCCGCUCUCUCGUCUGUUCAUAUUAUAGUUUUCUGCGUGCGAAAAGUUUUCAACAACUUUACAACGGAAGAAAAAUCGUUGAAUCGUGGAAAAGUCAGUGUUAGUGUUACAGAUUUUUCUCCCGAUUUUGUGAAUCGCAAGGUGCUGACGCGAGUACUCGCGACAGGUUAUUUGCAUACAGCGAGCAAAAUCGGCCCGACAAAUCGCAGCGUAUAAACGUACCUUAAAUCUGAUAACAUUCAACUUCACGUCUUUUAACUUAGCCUUUUUAAUAUUAGUUUUUUAACUGUAAUUAUUCAUCUUAUUUAUUAUGACUCAAUGUAAAUCUUAUCCAUCGUAUUUUUAAAUCCCAAGGAUGGCUAUUAAUAAAUUCAAUUCAAUUUAGAGUUGACGAAAAUUUCCGAACGGCAACCGAACUAUGCCGAAAGGAGCGAAAUAUACUAAGUGGAAAUUCUUUAAAACCUUGAAUAUAAAACAUAAAAAAAAUUCAUGCGGCAGGGAAAAAGGAUGCGGACGGGGACGAGAAACUACUAUUUUUUUCACUUGGCCUUAUAUAUAAAAAUAUAGUAUACUUCAAAAUAAGGCUUCCGUUUUUAUAACGUAGAAAAAGCUAUCCUAACGCAAAACUAAACCCUAACACUAACCCCAACGCUAACUCCAACCUAACCCUAACUUAUUUUAAAAAUUGAAAAAAAACGGAAACCUUAUUUUGAAGUAUACUAUCUAGCAAUUUCCAUAAAAUAGGGUGGCAUUGUGGGGAAAUUGAGGGACAAAUUAAGCUUCUUAAUGGGACCUCCGAUUACAAGUCCCCGAGGAAAGUCGCAUUCCAAUUGGCUACGUUGGAAUCUUUGUAAACUCUGUCGCGUGAUCCCGUUAGCAACAACAAAAUCAAUUAUAUAAACAAAGCUAAAUGAACAAAAACACACAAAUUCAGUUAUAUUCAGCUAUUUCACUUAUAAUGCUUAGCACCCUCAUUAAAUUUAUUACCUCCACGUGCGCGAUCUAUUAGAUAUCACUUUUCAACAUUUUUUCUUUCAGAGUGUGCUCAACUAUUCUUGCAACCACGAAAGGCGAAACUGGCCGCAUUUGUGACGAGUGCAUACCAAAUUUGGCCGAACGAGAUUCCAGGAUAUUGGGAAAAUUAUUUCAUCUUUUAGCUCGACGUUUAUUUAUACCGUACAAAAAGUAUAUGUUGAUGAACACAAUGGCAAGAAGAGGUGAAAGAUGGCCUCGUGAAUUUCCCAUUCACGAGGCGGCAUAAUCAGCCUAAAAAAUUAACGAUAAUCAAUAAAUUAUUUAUGUAGAUUUACUAAUAUACAGCUCUUUAUCCAUUACAAACAGAGUCUUGUUGACUUAUUAAAGUGCCCUACAGCAUGCUCAAACAAGUGCAUGCAACAGAAGCGCAAAAUGCUAUUUUUUUAAUAAAUACCAAUAAG